CCAUGGCAGGGUCACACCGUCCAGGCCAAGAAUAAGCUCGAAAGAAAACUUGGAAAAAUAAAAAAAAAGUCAACAAAAAAAAAAGGAAACACCAGGCGGAAAAGAGAUAGCUAGACGGGAUUGCAUGUUAUUUUUCCGCGGUGAUCACGUGAAAAAAGCCGUGCCACGAAGAGGUUAUCCCACCUAGAAAUGAAGAUCCGAACCAGGAGGAGCCUUUCUUUUGCCGGCUGUGGAUUCCUUGGCAUCUACCACGUGGGCGUGGCCGUCUGCCUGCGCCAAAACGCCCCCCAACUGCUGCUGGAGCGGAUUGGGGGCGCAUCCGCCGGAGCCUUGGCCGCCUGUUGUCUGAUCUGCGAUCUGCCGCUGGAAUGCAUGGCCGGUGACUUUUUGCGGGUCGUCCAGGAGACGCGGCGCCACUCGCUGGGCGCCUUCAGUCCGUGGUUCAAUCUGCCGGAGUGUCUGCUCGAGGGGAUGCACCGCCGUCUGCCGGAGGACGCACAUCGACGGGCCAGCGGACGACUCCACAUCUCACUCACCCGCGUCAGCGAUCGCCGCAAUGUGGUCAUGUCGGAGUUCAGCUCCCGCCAGGAGCUCCUCCAGGCCCUCAUGUGCUCCUGCUUCAUUCCCGGACUAUCCGGACUGGUGCCGCCACAGGUCAGAGGAGUUCGCUACAUGGAUGGCGCCUUUUCCGAUAAUCUGCCCUGGCUGGACGAGCACACUGUGACCGUGAGUCCCUUUUGCGGGGAGAGUGAUAUAUGCCCGCGGGAUCAGAACCCCCAUCUGCUGCAGUUGAAUAUCAAUUGGGCGAACACUUGCAUCCGGUUAUCCAGGAGAAAUUUGCGUCGUAUUGUGAGGAUUUUGUUGCCGGGAAGGGCGGAUUUCAUGGCCAAUUUCUGCCAGCAGGGCUACGAUGACGCGAUGCAUUUUCUGCGCAGAAAUAGCCUGUUCAAACAUGGAUUUCAAGUCCAGGAAAAGAGCAUGAUAAGUUGGAUUCAUGAGCAGGAGGAGAAGGAGAAAGAGAUCUGGGAGAACAAAAGGAAUUUGGAGGCAGAGCAGCGACUUCUAAAGCUGAAAGCUAUUAAAGAAAAUGAUCAAAAGCUUCAAGAUCAGCAGGAUAAGAAGCUAGAUGAUGAGAUAAACCAAGUGGAGCAACUUAGAAGGAAUCGAAAGCCAAAGCGUCAAAGGCAAAAUCAUCAGAAGUCUAAGAAAAAUCAAAAGGAUAAGACAAAGUAUGAAAAAUAUCCCAAAAAGGAGGCCAGGAAUCUGGAUAAUAGCAGCACAAAAAAGAAUCAUGACCACCUCGAAGGGGCGCAGGACAAUCAUCUGGAGAGGAGAGGAAAUCCGUUGCCUCAGGAGGAGCCCAGCCAACGGGACCACUAUACCAGUUCGCUCAUGAGCUCCACCUGGUCCCUCCUCCGCCGCGUGAUGAUAGCUCCGCCGCUGGCCAGGCACAUGGUACAAAUGAUCGCUCGUCGCCUCAGCCGGAGUCUCACGCUGUGCGAGCAGCCGCACUUUGAUCUCGCUCUGAUGCAAGCACCCUGCUCCUCCUCCUACUCCACUUUUUCCUCGUCGAGCACCUGCUGCCCCUCAUCGACGCCACUGGGUGAUAGCGAUAACGAAAAAGUCAAGGCCAAACGAAUGUGCGAGGCCAGCCAAGUGGAAACGGGAGAUCAGGUGGCCGAAGAAGAGGGGCAGACCGGCGUUCAUUAGGCGCCAUUAGCUUUAUCAGCGAUCGUCAAUCGAUCAGUUCCCAAUUUAUUUUUAUGUCUGUUCUCGCAAUCAUUUCAAUUUAAUGGGCCAACGAUUCCGUGUUUUCUUUUCUUAAAUAUCAUGUUUUUAAGUGUUUUUACCUUGUGUGUUAAUAAUAACUGAUGUGACGUAAAUAAAGAUAUGCAAAUAACAAACAAA